AUGGCUAAAACGCGUACAAUAAUACCAGUUUCCAAUUAUCACCUGACCUCAUCCUCUGUAACUACAUCACCACCGUUGUCACCGACGUCAUCUUCAUCAUCUUUGAUAGGAGGAGGAGGAGGAGGAUCACCUCUAUCGAAAAUAUUUGUAAAUAGUAACCAAACAACAACAACCAAAAAAAAUACAACUGGUGGCAGUAGCAAUCGAGCAUCAACUUUAUCAGCCUUUAUCUACAUACUCUCAAUACCAAAACAUAUCAUAAACUAUCUGGCAUAUAUUCUAUUUUUCAUCCCAUCACUCAUUUACAAUUUACUCUACAACAUUAUUCAAUGGAUUUCAAAUACCAAAGCAAUAGCUAAACAAAAUAGUUUAAAGAAUGAUAGAAAAAAAGAAUUGGUUAUAUUAAUGAAAAAUACUGGAUGUUAUAAAGAGUGGUUGGAAAAAGCAAGUGAAUUGGAUUUGUUAGAGGAAAAGGAGAAAUGGAGGACAGAUGAUGAAUCGGCGUUUUACGAUUACAAGUUGAUUCGAUUUCGUUUGAAUAGUCUUAGAGUGUUGGCACAACGUGGAGACUAUGUGUCACUGUCGAUUGCAUUGCGCGAGGGAUUGUUAAGGAAUUUGGGUGGCAUGGGAAAUGCAGCUUUGUUCCAAGAGUCACAUGUUGGAACCAAAUAUGUGAUUGAGGAGUAUGUGCAAGAGGUUGUGAAACAGCUAAACUACAUUGCCUACAAUGUUCCCAAGGACAGGGUAUCGCUCGACUUUUUCUACGAGACUCGACAGUCUUUUGGACGCAGUGCAUUGUUGUUGAGUGGUGGUGCAACACUUGAUGGCAAGACUCUUGAAAAAGGGUGUCAUCAUGGACAUCAAGAAACUGCAGCGGUGCGUGCGAUCCAAUAUCGGCGACCUCACAUUCAAAGAGGCGUACGACAAGACCAACCGCGUGCUCAACAUCACCGUGUCGUCAACCAACUCGUUUGA